AUGCCUGUAUCAAAGGAAUUAGUCCAGGAUAUCCUAAAGGCGAUCCCAGCCCGCAUCCGCGGUCCAGGCGGUGCUGUCGCCGUCCUCUCAGAUGGUGCCCUCGUUGAUCAGCGCGUCUGGGGUUACGCCGACUUCAACCGCAGAAUCCCCAUGGCGGAUGAUACGCUGAUUCCCAUAUGCUCCAUCUCAAAGCAGAUGCUCUGCGGAUUGGUCGCGGACCUGGAAAAGAACCCUACUCCCAAGUUGACGGAGAAGGGCGAUGUGAAGACGCAGUUCCAGGAGAAGUUGAAAGAGAUUCUUCCAGAGCUUGCCAAGACGGGCGAGUUGAAGAUUGAUCAUUUGUGCAACAAUCGAUCUGGCAUUCGCGACUAUUGGGCUAUCACUUUACUCUGGGGUGCAAAGCCAGAGGAUCCCUACUCGAUUGCUGAGCACAAUGAUAAGGUGUUGAAGACGAUCCAGUCGACGCAUUUCACACCGGGAACGGAGUACUCUUACUGCAACACCAACUUCAAUAUCGUAGCGCGAGUCGUCGAAGCUACUACCGGGGAGUCGCUCUCAGAUCUCCUCAAUGCACGCAUCUUUGGACCGGCUGGCAUGAAGACUGCUCAGCUUGGUGCAGACACGGCGAAACUUCCACCACCUUGCGUUGGAUACGAAGGCGAUGAGGACAGAGGUUAUAUCCCUGCGGAGAACCGCAUUGAGUGGGCUGGCGAUGCAGGUAUCAUUGCCUCACUCGGCGACAUGAUCGCUUACGAGUCGUUCCUGGACCGUAGCCUGUUCGAUCCUACCAGUUGGUACCGCGCAAUCUUCAAGCCUACAUCUUUCACAGACGGCGUUCCUUCAGUAUACUCUCAAGGCCUCGGCCAUAGUCAAUAUGGUAGUGUAUCUGGAAUUGGUCACGGUGGUGCUCUUCGUGGUUUCAGACUUUAUCGAGCUCAUGUACCGGAAGAACGUCUUUCAGUUGUGGCCAUGUUCAACCAUGAAGCUGAUGCAGCUACACUCGUGGAACAUAUCAUCCAAACUACUUUGGCUCUUCAGAAGCCUCCGCCGCCUACGCUUGUUGAUGCAUCAUCUGCUUGGCCGGGUAUCUAUCUUGACGAUGGAACUCAACUGGCUGUCACGAUCAAGAAUGGUAAAAAGGGUCAAAUCGUGGUAAACUACGCCAACUACGCGGAGCCCGUCAAUCUGACGGACCCUGAGCGAGGAGAAUCUCGUGCAAUGGUAGCCGUCAUCGACGGCGACAACCUUCGCAUUCACCGUCUGAAAGAGAACAGAACCUUGAACGCAAAGCGCCUCAAGAUUGGCGAUACACCCAUUGACAACUCGCUGUUCACGGGGGACUUUUACUCCGAAGAAAUCGGCUCAACCUUCCACUGUGUGGAUCAAGGCGGACUCAUGUUUGGCACCUUUGAGGGGUUCCUGGGUCACAGUCCAGCUCAGUUCAUGAGAUAUCUUGGAGGGGAUGUCUGGGCGCUUGCGAACCCGAGAGGUAUGGAUGCAAAGCCUCCUGGCGACUGGACUCUCGUUUUCCAUCGAGAUGAGAAGGAUGGUGUUACUGGAGUGACGAUUGGAUGUUGGUUGGCAAGGAAGAUUGAGUUUGUGAAAAAGUGA